AUGCUCUUUAUUUUUCUUUAACUUUUCAUUUUAACAAAUUGUGAACUGAUACAAAUAUUAACUAGAUAAGAAGCAGUUUUGGAUGUUUUCAGUUAAUCAGGCAUAAUUCUUGAAUAAUAACUCACAGAAUAGCAAUUAUGCAAAAUUAUACCUUAACAAUUAGUAGCAAAUAACAUUGAUGAUAACUCCAUAACACUUAUAAAUAGUUAUAGCGAUGAUAAUUUUAGUGAGGUUUUUGAAUAUGGGUCUUACAAGGGGAAAAUAGGAAAAAUUCUUAAAUUUGUCUAAAUAAAACGUGGGAUACUUGUGUUGAGGGAUGACGGAGAAUUAUAUUUUUUGAGAAUUCAAGGCACAAAAUUUAAAUAACAAGCCACUUUUCAGUUAAGUAUUGACCAAUAAUCACUUUAAACAAAUGUAUUUAUGGAAUACUUUUAUGAUUAAAAUUCAGUCUUGAUUAUAGGGGAUGGAGAAACUAUUGCGUUAGAUUUAGAGUUCGAUGAUGAUGAUCUCUUUAUUAAACAAUACAAAGUGUAUGAACAGUGGCAAAUCUCACACAUUAAUAGCAUAGCAACAGCUGGCAAUCUCAUUAUAGUAGCAAUGAACACUGGCAUAAAGAUGUUUGAAUUUGCCAAUCAUCAAUUGAGUGAAAUAUUUCUGGAUUCUUAGAUGGGUGGUAGAAUCUAGGAUAUUAAGGUAUUCAAUUAAAAUAAAGAUGACAAUUAUUACAUCUAUUUGUUGGAUGAACAAUAUGGAGUUAGCUAAUACAUUUAUAACGUAGGCAGAAGUGCAAUUUUGUAAUUUAAUGCUCAUAUGGGAUAAAUACCAUAACCUGGAGAGAUUUUAGAUGUUUACGGAGACAUUCUAAUGAUAGUAUAAAAUUAGACCUUAUUUGAAUUUCGCAUAGAUUAUAGUAAAAAUAGUUAUGAGUUGAUAAAGCAACACGACUUAGAAACAGACAUAAUUGACAUCUAAUUAACUGACACUUUUGCCAUUAUUAUAGGUAGAAAUGGACAUCAGAUCUUGUUUCACUCAAUUCCUUCCACUUUUUCUUAAUUUGAGUGGAUGAAUCAAUUAGUGAUACCAAAUCUGAAGCAAUUAGAUAUCUUAUCAUUGAAUUUAGAUCUUAAACCACAUAAAAACAAUAUUAAAAAUACUCAUAAUAUUAUUGUUGGAAUCACUUAACAUAAGUUGUUCUUUUCUAAAAUUGAGUUGUAAUAAUCGUAUAUUGAAUGCUACUCUGAUUCUACAACCUAAGAAUUUGAAUUAACGUACUAACAAAAGUCCACAUAUUGCAAAUCAAAUCUUAAAAACAAAGUCUGCAAAUUGAACAAGACAUAUACAAUAUAAUUUGUAGAACCUAAAGCAUUCGGAGGAGGCAAAGAUACCUAUUUACUCAUAAUCCUACUCUAUGUCAUUUCUAUAGCAUCUUUUCUAGUUUUAAUGGGAACCCUAAUCGUCUUAUAUAAAAGAUACCAUCGAAUUCCUCAAAGAUAGAAGUUGCAAGAGAAGGAAGAGAAGGAAGAAUAAACCUUUUCAAGCACUAAUAGACAUAUAAAAAUGGCUUCUUCAAAAAAAAUUAUCUAUUUGCCAAAAGUUGAUUAAACUCCAAUCAGUGGUGUAUAAGAAUAAAUUAAUUUCCAACUCAAUGGAAAUCACAAUAAUCGACCAAUCACAUAAGAUAAUUAGGACUUAUCUCCUAUGGCUUCUGAAAUGAGAUGA